ACAACAGUCUCAUUCUCUACACCACUGCUGACCUCAUUGUCUCUUUGUGAAGGGAAAAUCCAGAGUUGCAUUCUGUUAAAUGGCAAAUGGUGCAUCAACCGCGAGCGGGACGGACCUCUAGAGCGUCGGCCUACAGAUGAGCACGGAUACUGCUGCCUUUUCCUCAGGACUGUACGCAAGGAAAACAUGAGUCUCGAUGGAGACACAUUAUCAGUGAUUGAAAACCCAGUGGCUGUCAGUCAUCCUUUUCACUCAGAGAAAGCAGCAGGAGUCGCAGGGACCAAGGGAGUUCAGGGCUGGUUAAAAGGCAUUCACUCCACGACUCACGCUCACAGGCUGGUGAGGCUGCUGGCAGCGGUGUGUGCAGUUGGACUCCUGGGAGGCUUAGUUGUCGGUGUCUGGUUUCUAGUGAAACUUCUGCUAAGGCCUUCCUCCUCCCAAAGUCCAGUGGGUCUUGGGGAUACGAAGGAGACGUCGUUCUGCAAUGUGACAGAGGACAUUUCCAUCUCUGACCCCAGGAAAGUGUUUUACAGAAUCAGCCCAGAGAACUCUCUACUGGAGAUCCAGCUGGGGAAGCUGCCCACCUGGCUGCCGGUGUGCUAUGAGAGGUGGAACUCUUCGCUGGGAACACUGGUCUGCAGACAGCUGGGUUAUCUGAGACUGACCAAGCAUAAAGGAGUGAAUCUAACUGAUAUCGGGCCAAACUAUACUGAUGGCUUUAUACAAAUUACCUCAGAACACAAGAGCAGUCUGGAAAAUAUGUGGCAGUUCAGGGGGAGCUGUAUCACAGGGAAGGUUAUCGCUUUGCAAUGUUUUGAAUGUGGGACACGAGCUAAGCUGCCCAGGAUAAUCGGGGGAGUUGAGGCCACGCUGGGCAGGUGGCCCUGGCAGGUCAGCCUCUACUACAGUAACCGUCACACCUGUGGAGGCUCCAUCAUCACCAGUCAAUGGGUAGUAACAGCUGCCCACUGUGUGCACAACUACAGGCUACCUCAGGUCUCCAGCUGGGUGGUCUACGCUGGCAUUGUGACCCGCAGCUCCGCUAAAAUGGCUCAGCAUACAGGAUACGCUGUGGAGAAGAUCAUCUACAACAAGAACUACAACCACAGGAGCCAUGACAGCGAUAUAGCGCUUAUGAAGCUGCGGACGCCGCUCAAUUUCUCAGAUACAAUUAGGCCCAUCUGCCUGCCUCAGUAUGACUACGAUGUUCCUGGAGGUACACAGUGCUGGAUUUCUGGAUGGGGAUACACGCAGCCUGAUGGCGUUCACUCACCUGACACCCUGAAAGAGGCGCCAGUUCCAAUAAUAAGCACAAAGAAAUGUAACAGCUCCUGCAUGUACAAUGGAGAGAUCACGCCACGGAUGCUUUGCGCCGGAUACACGGAGGGAAAAGUGGAUGCGUGUCAGGGAGACAGCGGGGGUCCUCUGGUUUGUCAGGAUGAAAACGUGUGGAGGCUGGUGGGGGUCGUCAGCUGGGGGACGGGAUGCGCUGAGCCCAAUCAUCCUGGGGUUUACACCAAAGUGGCUGAAUUCCUGGGCUGGGUCUAUGAAAUGAUUGAGAAUUACUAAGGAGGCCUCACGAACCACAACAAGCAGAGGAUGCCACUGAUAUAACUGUUUGAAACAUUAAAAGCUAUAGUCACACAUUAUAUUUUUACUUUAAAUGUCCGUUAUACAAUGUACACAUAAAGACACACUGGAAAAUACAUUUCUAUGUUAUAUUUUUCAUGUAUUAAAUAUAAAUUAUGCCUCUUAAA